AUGUUGCGCUCUACCACAUCGCUCGGGGGUCUUGAGACUGCCAGCGUCAUCAAUAUGACGCAGAAGCGUUUCGGGUCGCGUCGUAAGCCGGCAUACCCGUCUUACCCAACCAAGCCGGUGCCAAAGACCCAGAAGUACAGACAGACCAAGCUCCGCUCCUUCAUGAACCAGUUCUUGGGGCCUAGAAACUUCAAGGGAGAGUACUACCUCAACAAGUACGCCAACGCGCCACAGAAUCACACUCCAAACUACAUCAAGCCCCACUUAGAGAGAGGCAACUCGCUCAUCUUCGAUCCGGAAGUGAGGGAGCACCAGAAGGCCACCGGGAUUGAGGCACCGGUGGAGGAAAAGUCCGGGUUCCAGCUCAGAAGGGAGAGAGAGCUGGCCUUGCAACCUUUCCCGCAGAACGAAUUCUGUAAGACCAACUACGUCAUCGACAACCGAUUAAAAGCGGAAAUCGCCCAGAGAGCCGAGCUCACCGGUAACUUCCAGGAGCUUGCGGUCAAGUACGGGAUUAAGAUUCCGAGAGUGGAAGCCAUUGUGAAGUUGCACCAAAUCAAGCAGAAGAUGAUGCAAGAAAAGCAAAUCACCAAGGACAUGGAGGUCAUGGGCCAGACCAUGUACAAGAUGUUCCCUGUAUACAAUAAGAACGUCCCAGAGAGAGUCAUGGCCGCCAAGGGCAUUUCCCCGGAAAAUUUGACCGAAGUGCCGAUCAACAAGACCACCCAGUACGCUCGUUUCGUCACCAUUGCCGAGUCUGAACCGUUUGGCGCUGUCGACGCAGCCGAGGACUUUGGUGUGGAGGCUGCUGCCGUCACCUUGAGCAAGUUGACCGAGUUGGGUGAGGUUGCCUUCCACGCGCAGUUGAACAAGACCAAGAAGACUGAGGUUGCGCAGAAGCUCACUAACGACUCUCAGGGUAUCUACGUGGGUGAGGUCAGAAAGGGCGAGAAGCACGCUUUUAGAUUCCAGAACGCCACCGUCGGUGAGGUCGGUGAGAGAUACGGGAAGGGGAACAGAGACAACAGGCCCAACAGACCGUAUGGUUUUGACGCCUACGGGAAGAGAAUCUGGCUCUGAGCAACCAGCACCAUGUAAAUAGCAACCGUAUGUUUUGAAAUAUAAAUGUGUCCAA